AUGGGAAGGUUAGCGUUUGGGUGGGUAAUAGGGGUGAGUUUUGUGCAAGAGGAUUAUUGGGCACAGGUUGCUGGUAAUGUGGGAUUGUGGUGGAGAAAGGUAUGUUUGUUGCAAACGGAUGUGUUUGGAAAGCCAUUGUUUGGUUUCGCACCAUCUGGUUCAGCGGUAGUGUCUGGAAAACCACCGGUUGUUCGCCUUCCAUCUGGUUUAGCGGUGGUGUCUGGAAAACCACGGGUUGUUCGUCUGCCAUCUGGUUUAGUGGUGGUGUCUGGAAAACCACUGACUGUCCGCCUGCCAUCUGGUUUAGCGGUGGCGGUUGUGAGAAAGUCGGUGUGGCGCUGA